UACAAGACAUCAUAGACUUCCGCUAUAAUUUUUGGAAAAAUGACCCUCAAACUUUUACAUAGGGGACUCUUAAAACGAGUACUAAACACACCAAAACAUAAGUUUAACAUAAAAAGUACAAAAUGUUGCUCGUAUUAUCCUGUAAACGAUUCAUUGUUUGGCUUGACAGAAGAACAAAAACAGUUGAGACAGUCAGUUUUUCAGUUUUGUCAAAAAGAAUUAGCACCAAAAGCACAAGAAAUUGAUCAUAAUAAUGAAUUUAAAGAUUUAAGAGAUUUCUGGAAAAAAUGUGGAGAGAUGGGAUUACUUGGCAUAACAGCACCAGCUCAGUAUGGUGGAUCAGAAAUGUCUUAUUUAGAUCACUGUCUUGUGAUGGAAGAAAUGUCCAGGGCUUCAGCAGCGAUAGCACUCAGUUAUGGUGCCUCCUCAAAUUUAUGUAUCAAUCAGCUGGUCAGAAAUGGAACAGAGGCACAAAAGGACAAAUAUUUACCUAAGUUAAUUAAAGGAGAAUAUGUAGGGGCAUUAGCUAUGAGUGAAGCUAACUCAGGAUCAGAUGUUGUAUCAAUGAAAUUGAAAGCUGAGAAGAAAGGUGAUCACUAUGUAUUAAAUGGUAAUAAGUUCUGGAUAACAAAUGGACCUGAUGCUGAUGUACUGGUAGUGUAUGCUAAAACAGAUAUAACUUCAGAUAAACCACAACAUGGUAUUACAGCUUUCAUAGUUGAAAAGGGGAUGCCAGGAUUUUCUGCUGGACCAAAGUUAGAUAAACUUGGUAUGAGAGGUUCUAACACAUCUGAAUUAAUAUUUGAAGAUUGUAAAGUUCCAGAAGAAAAUAUAAUUGGUGGUAUAGGUAAAGGUGUAUAUAUUCUAAUGUCGGGACUAGAUAUAGAGAGAGGUCUAGGGAGUAGUGGAUGUGUAGGAAUAAUGCAAGCCUGUUGUGAUGUUGCUUUUAAUUAUGCUCAUUUACGAGAGCAGUUUGGUACAAAGAUUGGAGAAUUUCAGAUGAUCCAAGCCAAGAUGGCAGACAUGUAUACAACACUGAAUGCAUCACGUUCAUAUGUCUAUAAUGUAGCCAGGGCAUUAGAUAGAGGAGAAAGACAACCGAAUGACUGUGCAGCAGUAAUAUUGUAUACAGCAGAAGCAGCCACCAAAACAGCACUGGAUGCUUUACAGAUUUUAGGUGGAAAUGGUUAUAUCAAUGAUUAUCCAACAGGAAGAUUUUUAAGAGAUGCCAAAUUAUAUGAAAUAGGAGCUGGUACCAGUGAAGUUAGAAGACUGAUUAUUGGACGUGCUAUUAAUGCUCACUAUAAAUAAUGUGUGAAUGAUUCAUUUUAAGCCACUGUGAUAGAAUUAAAUAUUGAGCAUUGUGAGGAGUAUUAAUUACUUCAAGAAAUAAUCAUCUCAGGGAAUAAAAAAUACUGGAAACACAUUUAAAUAGGCUAAAAUAAUAUCUUCAAAAUGAUUCUAUUUCUAUCCAAAAGCAUGGGACCAUUGCUGAAUUUAUAAACACUGGUUAAAUGCUUUUGAAGUAGUUAAAGCAGUCUUUUUAUAGGUUGCCACUUCAAAAUCAUACAUAAUUAAUAUAUUCCUAGAAAAAGUUUGGUUUUAGUAGUUUUAUGUAUUUCCAAACAUCUAUCUGUUAGUCAAUAUGUCAAAAUUAGAAUUUGAAGAACCCUGCUUCUUGUCGGGGAAAUAGUUGGUGCCUUGGUGGACAAUAAACUUGCUAUUGUUCUCCUAGCUGGUAAAUAAGUAUAUUAUUUUUACUUGUUUUUAUUGUAUUGUAUUGUUGUGUUGCUGUUACAUUCAUGUUUGUCUCAGAUAUCUUUUUAUUCAGACAUAAUUAUUAUGGUUCUUUAAUAUAUAAUUUUUGUGUUGUUAAUUGAACAAUUGUAAACCUAAAAAAGUUAUGUAGUCAGAGCUGAACUGAUCUUCAAUACUCAUUUAUAUGUCAGAAUAAUCAAACUGAAAACAUUAUCUCUAUUAUCAAGUAUUUUUGUGUUUCUGAAGAUAUAUUAUAAACAGAUUAAUAAACAGAUUAGCUGACUUAAGGUGGUACCCAACACUUUAACUAAAAUUACUUUGGCUCGUUUAAUUUUCUUAAAAUUUUGACAAAGUAUUUACUCUAACCCUUUGACAAAAAUAAAAAAAUUAAAAAAAAAAAUUGAACCAACUGUUUUAUCAGAAAAAUUACACUGGUUAUAUAGCAGUUUGAGGAACACUUAUUUGAUCCUUGAGAAGCUUAAUAUUCCCUUAACAACACAACGUAAUCAAAACGUUAAGCUGAUUUUACAGAGUUAUCUCCCUGUUGUGUGUGUUAGGUACCACCUUAAUGAACAACUGUGGGUCAAACAUAAUUAUUUCACUGUAAGACUUUAGCUUGUUCUAAUAUUUGUUACUGAGAUUAUGAAUAUACUAUUAAUCAGUCAAUUU